CGAUGAAUAUUUUAAGUGCUCUGAAGACAAAGAAGCUGAACAUGCAGAGUACAUGCACCUCCUACUACGACUUCCUGACCUGUGGCAAUAACUGUCUGGAUUCGUUGUGGUGCUCCACGCUGCAUCCCGAUCCUCCUGCCCAACCAAAAUUGGAGGGACCUCCAAGCAUAACCAGUCGUGGAUUGAAGUACUUCGAUGUGGACGACGGAGCCACGGAGUGGUAUCUGAACACACGGAGAUCCACAGCCGAGCGGAAACCAUGCAAAAGGAAGUUUUGCUUCAGGUUUCGAGUGCCCAUAAGACAUGCUCUGCGUCGGAAGAACAAAGCGGCGACUUUCUCCCUUCCAGGACGAAGGGUAUCCCCCGAAUUUCUGUGCCUCCUUAAGCAGCACCACGCCAGGAUGCGGGGUCUUGAGCAGCUUCGGCGUAAGUACCUGCCCCUCCGGCCAAGCUUCGAUUAUUACAAAUACGAUGCGGAGGCUAAGAGACGCCACAUGCGUCCUGGCAUCGAUACAGCUGCACCUUUGGAGUUUCCGUGCACCAAUGUGGCCUGUAUCCGUCACCAUGAGAAACCCCUCUGCCCCUGUCCUAGAAACAUGGAUGUUUCUGAUCCCUUAACUACAGAGAAUAUCCAAGCAUCUAAAAGCAAGCCAAAAACACAAGGCCUUAAAAUGUUUGCCAAAAACAAAGGUACCCCGGACCAAAAGAAAAGUAAUCAAAAGGUUUUAGGGAAGGAAAAUGUCCAGGAAGCUGGGAAAGCUUACUCAAAGGAUAUAAAUAAGCUAAAGGAGAGUAAGCUAAAAGGGACUAGCCUACAUCGAAUUUAUGUCAGUAAUCCAUCUUUAGCUCCACCGCUGAAAAGUAAGAAGGCACCAAAUUUAACUGCUUCUAAAUCCCAGCACACUUUCGAACUGAGUCGCACAUCGAAGCCCAGAUCCAGAUCCCAGGGAAAUUUAAGGCCCAUUGAAAAGAUAAUCAAUUGCCCUUGUCCCUUCGAUACGCCUAAAUGGCUUCCGAAAUCCUUGAACAGUUCAAUUUGUCCCAAUAAAAAGGCCAGAUUCAGAAAGAGUAGAGAUCCUCGCUGCAUCGAGUAUAAAAAUCGCCCUUUCUUCAAGGCCCUUCAAGGAACUAAUUAUGAAAGGAGUGCGCCAAAAGCAAAUAAAAAAGCGAAGAGCUGUAGUCAAAUAAUAACAAGCAGGGAUAAUGGGAUAUGUUCCAUUACAUCCAAAGAGGAGUGCUGGAAAAGUAACCCAGAUCAAGGUCAUUGUAAGGUUCAGGAAAAUGUUUUGGUACAACCGGUUCCAACUUCAGAGCACUCCUUCCACGCAUCCAUCUCCAGUAAUUGGAAAAUUAGUGUAGAGCGCUCCUAUCAACCCGCUCCUGAUCAAAACGAUAUAGAAAUGCCUCCGAAUCGCCAGGGAGUUAGCACCGGAUACAAAGGUUUUGUUCAUCUCUCCGAAAAACAGAAGAUACAUGAUCAGUUUGGUUGUCCGAUCCCAAAAUGCAAAAAGAAGAAGCCACCGCCGUAUUGUUAUCUGUGGUCGGCCGUCGAUCCGGACAUUCGAAACGAGGAGAAAAAGCGCCUUGCGGAGCACAAGUCUUGCCAAAGGCAAAUGUUUCCGGACAGUCGGCCAUACUCAUACUACUGGUCUAAAACUAAUGCAGAUAUAAGAAGCCGGGUAAAGGAGAAAUUGAGGGCAACUGAUAGUGAAAAAACUUAUAAGGUACCCCAGAGUCAUUUACACCAACUUCAAUUUGGCCGCAGCUAUUCUGAUACAAAUCCAGAAAGUUGUAGAUGCAGCAGUUCCAUAAUUACUCAAUUCAGCUCUGAUUUUGAUGAACUUGACAAUUCUUCAUCCACCUGGAAAAGCAAAUCCUCCCAGCUGUGGAAUCCCAGGAAUCGAAAAGAGACCUCCAAUGGCAGUUCUGUUAUGUGGGAGGAUGAUGAUACUCCCACCAAAGAAAAUCAAAAAAAAGGAAAGCGCAAGUGGUCGGGACCCGUUUUAAGAAAGUUAAGCACAGAUUCAGAUAGACACAUCCCGAAGAAGCCACGCCUGCUUCCCAGACUGCACGCCUUUGCAAAGCGGUUCUUCUGGACGGGCUCUAAAGUUUUCCAUUUUAAAUCCAACCAAUCGGAAAGCGAAAGACCAAGGCAUUCCACCAGCUCCAGGGACUUCAGUGUAGGUUGCUAUAGAAAAAGGGAAGGCUCUCUAAAACUAGAGCCCCUUAAUGAAACGCAAAGGGAAAUGUGUAAGGAAACCAACUCUUCUGUUAACAAAAGAAUUACCUUCAGAGAUCAUGCUAGAAUCCAGGAUAUAAGGGGUCCCAGAGAUCUUAAACUAUGGACAAAACAGAGUCACAGAAAUAAUAAUCUGGAAUCCAGUUCAAGACGACUUGGCAAAUCACCAAGCUCCUCCGGUUCUGAAAUAGUAAGAUACAGAAAAUGGGCAGAUUUCAGGACAACCAGUCAGGAACCAUCCUGUUCCACGGGACCACCAAAAAUGGGGAACUUCCGCAGGUCCCGACCAAAAGAAACCACUCGUCGUGACAGGAGUGGGUCCUAUGGAAGCUGUAGUUGGAACAGCAAGUCAAGUGGUAGUUGUAAGCCAAAACAGCAAUAUUCCUGUCAAGCUCCUCAACCGCUGGUACCCCGUGCCCAGCGGGAGUGGGAGGAACGCCGGGAGCGAAGAAAGGCCAGAAGACAGAAGGCGCAAUGCGGGCCUUGCACUGAUUACUUCAUCACAUCACGAACGUUGGAGCCACGUUAUCCGGACAUAAGACAAGGAAUCGUCACAUAUCGCAACUAUGAGUUCUCCACGAAACUCAGUGACCACUGCCUGGUUCAACCCAAGCUCACAGAACACAGUCCCAAGCACAGAGCUAAGUGGUGCGAUGCCUCUGGCCACAGCAAUUGUGCUUCAGGAUCCGGAAGAAUGCGAGGAGGAAUAGAUUUCCGGGAGCAUGGCUUCCCUCGACGACCGCAUCGUCACUCAGCGCAUAGUUUUCCAACAAACUUGCCUAAUAAACUCCACAGCAACAAGCGAGGGCAUUACCGAAUUCCAUCGAAGUCCCCUAUGCACUUAUUCUGUUUCGAUAAAGAGUAGGAUAAUGAAACAUGCUGGCCAACU